AUGACCGUCGGUUGGUCGGCCGUUCCGAUGUUUUUUGGCAGGCAGACGGGGCAAGCGAAGGUCACCGGGAGUGGCGUGCUUGCAAAUCGGGUCUUGUGGGAGGGGUUUCGAGGGUGCGGCCCCAAGACGCCAGCAGCCCGUGGGGGGAUAGGUAGGUGCCUCGUCGGCAACCUGUGCGGCCCGCCAGGGGUAAAAACCCCGGGAUUUGUUGCCUUCUCCCUGUGCCCCACGGCCCCGCUGGGAUGCUCCUCCUCCUCAUUAUUCCGCCCAGGCACGUACGCUGCAAGGUCGAAGCCUGAGACCUUGCGCGGACAGACGCCAUCUCACUUGAACCACCUUUCUGUGCCGCCAUUGGUGCCGGGCACGGCGUCGGUCCUGGGCGGGCAGCAACAUCGCAACCGGGCAUUCGGCGACCUGAAGAACAUGGGUCUGAACGGAGGACCCGAAUCUCCUCUCAAUGCCCUUUCGCCGCAGGGUGGAUUGGCCGGCAUCACGGAUAUACUGAGCAGUGGAAUUGAUGGCGAUAAGCAGUCAGGCGAAAAGAGACAGUCGAGACUGACAUGCAUUCAAUGCGGAGCGACGUUUCUGCAGCGAGAUCAACUUCGGAAGCACGAAUUGCUCCAUUCGCCUUCCGGACAAGUGUCAUGCAAAGUGUGCAACAAGAUGUUCGCCAACGUUUACCGGCUCCACAGACACACCAUCAGCCACGACGAAAGCGCCGCACUGCGAAAAUUCAAGUGCCCCGAGUGCGAGAAAGCUUUCAAAUUCAAGCACCACUUGAAGGAACACAUUCGCAUACACAGCGGAGAGAAGCCGUUCGAGUGCGCCAAUUGCGGCAAGCGGUUUUCGCACUCGGGCUCUUACUCCUCACACAUGACGUCCAAAAAGUGCCUGGUCGUGAGCCAGAAAGCCGCCGCUGCUGCUGCUGGGACGACAGGGAACAAUCCUAGCACCAAUAACAACAACAUCAACAAUAACAGCGACAAACAACCUCCUAGUGGGAGCAACAAGCCAGGAAAGCAAGUCGAAAGCGGCGGAAAACUGACCGCACCUGAUUUCGCUCGAUAUUUCGGAUCCGGAGCGGGCUUUCCACCGACGAGCGCCACAGCGUUGCCGAUGCAUCCGCUGCUGAUGGCCACUCAGCACCAUCUUCAGCAACAACAGCACCACCACCAGCACCAACAGCAGCAGCCUGCGCCACAGUUCGUGGAGAAGCGGAAAUUGCCAGGGUUUUCCUUCUCGGACUUGCCCGUUGACACUGAUGUGGUGAAAUCUCGACAAUUAUCGCUAACCAGACUUUCUGAGUCAGACAUUAAGGUCCAGCAUGGACAAGAUUGGAAGGAGAACGACAAAGUCGAAGUCAAACACGAAACCACAUCUUCACCUGUUAGCAUGGACAUGAAAGCUUCAAACAAAAUCGGUCUGACGGCUACGAGUCUGGGUGCGUUACUCCGCGUGCUCCGAACCCACUACACACGCAACCCGAAACCCAAGAAAGAAGAGCUGGAGCGGAUCGCGGACGAGAUCGGCUUCAACGUCAGGGUUGUCCAGGUCUGGUUCCAGAACACCCGGGCCAGGGAUCGACGAGAAGGACGCACCGUGCUGGGCGACCCCGCUGUGAUCUCCGGCAGGCUCUCUCUGGCUGGCAACUCUGGGCCGAAUCGGUUCUUGCAUUUCGGUUCUCCGGCGCCGAGUCUCAGCCACCAUCACCACAACCACCCCCACCAACAGCAUCAUCAUCAUCAUCCAGUCACGAUGCCGCUGAUGUAUCCUUUGGGACAGCAAGGGGUUGUCAAUUUCGAUCAGCGGGACUCUCCUCCGUUGUCGAUGACGCACAAUGGGUUGCGUGGUGUCCAGGACGACGUGGACGACUCGGGUCAGGACGACGGCGGUUACGGCGACGCUGCUCCAUUGGAUCUGACAACGUCCAGCUGGAAGCGAGAGCGAGAUAUCGACCAGAUGUCGUCUCCUCCUACUGAUGGAGCUCCCGUUAAUCUCAGCAAGGCCUUCAAGCACAAGCACCACUUGACGGAGCACAGUCGGUUGCAUUCGGGCGAGAAGCCGUUCCAGUGCAGCAAGUGCCACAAGCGGUUCUCGCACUCGGGCUCCUAUUCCCAGCACAUGAACCACCGGUACUCGUACUGCAAGCCGUACCGUGACUCAGACCCAGAUCCAUCGGGUGCAUCUGGCAACGCUCCUACUGUUGCUGCUGCUGCUGCUGGGUCUCCGUGCACCAACACCCCUGGGGACGCCACGGCUGGUGCCGGCGGCGGCGCCAGUGCUGGCUGCCGCCUGUCGCCGGCAUUGUCCACCACCUCUUCGUCCGCGUCCAGCAAGCCGUUGCCCAUGCUGAUCCAGUUGGCGUCCACCAAGGAAGAGACUGACGCCGAUGACGCUGCUCUGAAUGAUGACGGAGUUGAAGACCUGUCCCGU